UAAAGAAGAGUUUUGGCCCUGAAAAGUCUUGAAGAGACAUCGCUAUAUCUGACUACAUUGUAUCUCUCUCUCUCUCUCUGUUCCUCUGGCAUCAGAACCAAUAAAAAGAGUUCUGUUUUUUUACAAACCUCUGGAGCGCCCUGAAGCUUUUGUUGGCUGACGCUCCUAGAGUAGUCUCCCAACCGAAGAAUGAGCUUCCAGAGAGAACAGAUCGCCAUUGUGGGCAUCAGCUGCAAAGUGCCAGGGGCGGACAAUGUUGAGCAGUACUGGAAGCUGUUGGAGAAUGGGGAGAACCACGUCAUAGACAUCCCGAAAGAGCGUUGGAACAACGAUGCCUUCUAUGACCCAGACCCUCACGCUAUUGGCAAAUCGUACGUUCGUCGUGCUGGACUGCUUAAGGAUCCUAUAGCUUUUGACAACAAACUGUUUAACAUCAAUGAUUUCGAGGCCGAUCAAAUGGAUCCACAACAGAGAUACGUUUUGGAGUGUACAUUCCGAGCACUGGAGGAUGCUGGGAUAGCACGAGAGAAGCUGGCAGGCUCUAAUACUGGAGUUUAUGUUGGGGCCAUGAAUGGAGACUACAGGGGUCUGUUUACAGCCAAGUCUCCAAUCGUAGGAAACUACACUGUAACAGGCAUCUCCAACAGCAUUAUAGCUGCUAGAAUCUCCUUUGUCUUUGACUUGCGAGGUCCCUCAAUGACUCUGGACACAGCCUGCUCGUCUGCUCUGCUGGCCAUACACAUUGGGGCCCAGGCCUUAAGAACAGGUGAUUGUGACAUGGCUCUGUGUGGCGGCACUAACUUCCUCAUGUCACCAGACGUCUUUGUCCACUUAAGUAAAGCUCAUAUGGUCUCUCCCACUGGUCAGUGUUUUGCCUUCUCCGACAGCGCAGAUGGUUACACCAGGGGAGAAGGGUGUGGAAUGGUCAUUCUCAAAAGAUUAAAAGAUGCCCUUCGAGAUGGAGACAGAAUCUGGGCAACCAUUGAAACAGGCUCCAAUCAAGACGGGCACACAGUGACACCGAUAUCGGCGCCAUCUGGCGACCAACAAAUUAAACUUCUUGAUCAAGUCUACAAGAAUUCAGGAGUUGAUGUUGGAAAAAUUGACUACAUCGAAGCUCAUGGUACUGGAACAUCAGCAGGAGACCCCGUGGAAGCCAAUGCACUUGGAAAGUUUUUUCAAGAGUGUGGAGCUGUGCGCCAUAGAUAUAUAGGAUCUGUGAAGACCAAUCUAGGUCAUCUGGAAUCAGCGGCAGGUACUGCUGGACUUAUCAAAGUACUGCUUAUGAUGAAACAUUCCAAAAUUGUACCGUCACUUUUUUUCGACAGGCCGAAUCCCAAAAUUAACUUUCCAGAUAUGAACCUGAGUGUUCCGACUCAGGUGGUCAACUGGCAGAGCCAGAACAAGGUGGCUUGCGUCAACUCAUUUGGUUUUGGGGGCACGAACUGCCACGCGGUGGUGAUGGAGUAUGAAGAUCACAUGUCUAGACAAAACAGUAUGGUGGAACAGAAGAACAUCCCAUGUGUUGUCUGCUUCUCAGCCAAGCACGAGAAAUCUCUAAAAGGAAGCAUCGAAGACUUUGUGAACCAUCCGGAUGUUAGCACGCUAGAUGUCCAUGACGUAUCGUACACAUCAACUGUUCGAAGGGACCACUACAACGUUCGUUUCUCCACCGUCGUUGAAGACAUGGCAGAGUUGAUCUCCAAGCUGAACGAUCACCUGCACAAAGGUGCCAAGGGAGCAAACAUUGUGCGCAAGGCAAGAGUAAUAUUUGUCUUUGGUGGCAUGGGGACAUCUUGGAAAGGAAUGUGCAAAGACAUGUUGGAAAUGAGCAACGACUUUCGAAACACCAUUCAAGAAAUUGACAGCUAUCUUUCAGAGUAUGUUGCCUGGUCACUCAUAAGUAUGUUCGAAAAGGAAGAUGACUUAGACGAUCCUGAAGUUUCACCGAUAGCUAUUUUCGCUUGCCAAGUUGCUCUCGCUAGAUUAUGGAGCAGCCUUGGCGUUGCUCCAGCCUGUGUGGUUGGGCAGUCAGUUGGAGAGGUAGCUGGGGCCCACUUUGCAGGGGUGCUAACUUUGAAAGAUGCAGUUAAGAUCAUUUUCUAUCGUACAUCUUUAAUGGCUCGCGUUAAAGGUGGUAAAAUGUUUGUAGUGAGGAACUUGCCCGUAGACAGGGUGAAGGAUAUUGUCAAGAAUUAUUCUGGACUAGCCAACGUUUCAUUGGAGUACAGCCCCAUUGCUUGUUCUGUUAGUGGGAAUGCAGACACAAUCACAAAAAUCAAGCAAGAUAUUCAGACCAAAGCAAGAGCCCUUAAUACUCAAGUACAAAUGAUAGAUUUACAGGUUCCCGUCGCAUAUCAUACCCACCACGUUGAAAGCUGCAAAAUACCUCUUCGAGAGGCUAUUGUGGACAUCAAACCCAAAUCUCCAGAGGUAGACAUGUACUCCAGUGUAACUAGUGAUCUGGUUAAUGGACCACUGGGACCUGAUUACUGGGUGAACAACAUGAGAGAGCCUGUCAGAUUUUAUGAGGCCGUGCAGAAAAGCUUUGCCAAAGGUUACAAAAAUGUGUACAUUGAGAUAGGCCCAAAGCCAGUGAUGAGAGCUCAUGCUAAUGACAUAUUCCCAAAGGACGAAGUCGCAACAGUGGUCUCCAUGUCAAAACCACCAGCAUGGAAAAUCUUUUUGCAAGCACUGUGCAGUGCGUACGAUCUGGGCUGUAAAGUAGAAUGGGCAAACAUUCCACACGAGGGAAAUAUUGUAACGCCUAUCCCUCGCUACAGCUUUAAUCUGAGAAGAAACCUUCAGCUGUGUGAGUCUGCACACAUGGUGCUUGCAGGGGUUCACUACAUGAGAAAAGAACACCCAUUUCUAAACAAAGUGGACACAACAGAUGACUACAAAAUCAUGGUGACACAGAUGACAUUCCCUUCCGUUUAUGACCAUAUCGUGUCAGGAAUGUUGAUCAUCCCUGGUGCAUUCUAUGCAGAAACUGGUUUUGCUGUGGCUUUGCACAGCAGCACAAUGGAUGCUCCGUUGUACUCAGUAGCAGUCAGGUUUGAACAGCCAUGUUCAUUUACACGGGACGCCGCGGUUGAGCUUGAUCUUCUGAUUUCGAAAGCACCUCCCAAAGGUUAUGGCGUGGACAAGUUUGAAAGCUACAACAUCGCCGUUGUAAAAGGAAACAAAACUUUUGCCAACAUUCACCUGCAGGCUCACAACAUGAGAGGUCAUCCAUCCAUCAUCAAUAUUCGACACAUUCAAGGUCGAUGCCAACAGAUAGUAGACAGAGAAGAAAUUUACGGCACUCUGAAGAGUUUUGGAUUCACUUAUGGACCUGGGUAUUCUCUUCUCAUGUACGCGCAGAGAAGCUCCCAGGAGUGUCUCGCUAAAAUAUUUGUCCCCAAAGCCAUGUUUAUUGAAAUAGCAGGCACUACUAUCCACCCUUCUAUCUUGGAUGGAAUGAUUCAGACAUCGGUUAUUUUGAUGGACGGCGUGGACGACGCAAGAGAUUUGCUCCCAAGAUCAAUUGGCAAGCUGACAUCUUACAGGAAAACCGAGGAUGAGAUGUACAUCUACACCACACUCAAAAGCACUGACCGAAAGGUGACUCUUUAUGACAUAAAACUGACCACUCUGUGUGGUGAGAUUAUUGCUGACCUGGAAGACCUGGCCAUCAAGUCCUUAACAGAUAAAUCUGGUGGUGUCGAGAAUAUGUACACAUGUAUAUGGAAACCAGUCGGCACCAAAUUUCCACAUCACGAAACAAAGAAACCCAACGUGCUAUUCAUAACUGAUAAUAUCCCAGAGAACACACCAGCGUCCCUUCUGAAGAAAUGCAUCCUAUACGAAGUAAUGGGUGAUCCUGGGGCAACUGUAGUCAAAGACAUGGAACUGCUACUGAAGAACAAAAUGAAGGAAUUUGAGUUUAUUGUACUAACCAGCAACACCACUAUCAGUGACUCUCAAGACGCAUUUAAUGUCCAGACAAAAACUUUAAACCUAUGCAUGCUUCUGAAAGAUAUUUAUACAUACGCCGUGGAAAAGACACUGACGCUUCCAAUUUACUUUUUCACAAAAAGGGCUUUUCCAUUUGAAAAUGGGCCCCCUGAGCCUGAAAGCGUAAACCCAAUAAUGACAGCUUUAUGGGGAAUGACUAGGUGCGCCCUCAGGGAGCAGGUGUACACGGACGUUGUAACAAUCGACCUUCACCUCCCAGAGGAAACAAGUACACAAUUGAUAUAUCUCUCCUCUAUAGCCGAAAUCAUCAACAGUGACCAGACUCUAAGGAACUAUCCGGAAUGGAUGGUAACGUCAGACACAAUGUAUGUUAAUCAGUUUGUUCAAGUGGAGUCGGAAACACCAGUGCCAACUUUUAGACACAACUUUGCUGACAAGUCUCAGAAUGUGAUAUUGUUAAGCAAGGAGCCGAUGGUUUUAACGGAUACUUUUCCAGUCUACCAUGAAACUCAGAUAAAAGACGAGACACAUCCACAUGUACAGAUUGACGUCUCAGCCACAGCUUUUCAAAACCCUCUUCUCUACAACAUGUCCAUGCUCUACAGCGUGAUGGAGAAACGCAGAACUAUGAAAGGCAAUGGUUAUCCUCUGUUCGCUCUGGAAAAUAUAGGACCAGCUCAAGGAAAGGCAUUAAGCAAAAAACUAAAAAGGUACAGCAUCCCUGCAAUAUCUUGUUACCCUGCCCCAGUUGGUUCUAAAAUUAAAGUGCCCAUUGGCGCAACUAUUCCUGCCAACUUGAUUGCAGAUUAUGUACCUGGAGACCUAACUAGAUUCGUUUUGUUGUGGUCUCUUAAAGAUUUGGUUGUCACAAAAAGCGCUACUAUUCUCGCAUCAUCUGCUACUGCUAGACUAGGAGAGGUCUUGGUGUGCUUGCUCAUGAGUAGAAAAAAGCCGAAGCCUUUGAACAUAAAUAUUGUUGUGGUUGAAGAGUUGAACAACGUCGAGUCUUUAAAUGAAACAGUUCUCUCUCUUGUCUUAAUGGACGAGACUAUAGUCUCGUUAGUUGCAAGAAGGUGGAUGCAGCCUAAAUACUACAUUUCCUUGGUAUCUCUUCUCCAGCCAGUAGCAAGGGCUCCCCUAUCGUUCUUCCUACCAACGGUGGAAAUUCAACUUCUGGACACCGCGGACGUCUUCCACCCUCAGAAUUUGACAAAAAUUGUUCCAAAAAUAAAAAAAUGGAUGAGACACCACUCAGCAUUGAUGCCUAGGGUGUCAGAAUGUCUUCACAAAAAUCCAAUCACUACAGGUGUGUUCAAAGACGCUGCAGCUGACUUGGACGAACUUUUAGAAGUUCAAAUAACAAAGAUGAACAGCUCUGUAGUGAGAGUGGAGAAAUCUGAACUUUUCAGAAAGGAUGCGGUUUACAUAGUUGUUGGAGGUCUCACAGGACUUGGUUGGCUUUUUGUGAAGUUCUUGACCCAAAAUGGAGCCGGAAACAUUGCAAUACUUAACAGACGACAGGCUACAGUUGAGAAAAUGAGUGAAAUAUCUCAACUGGCUGCAUCACAGAACUGCACUAUAAAAGCAUUUCAAGCUGACGUAACACAUAUGGAGUCUCUUAAAAGCUUCAUGUCUUUGUUACAACAAGCGUUUCAAGAUUUAGUAAUUAAAGGCGUUUUCUUUGGGGCAGCAGUUGUUGAUGAUCAAUUAUUGGUGCAAGUUGACCCGAAUAGUUUUGCCAAAGUGAUGUCUCCAAAAGUAAUGGGUGCUUGGAAUUUUCACCAACUAACAAAAGAGCUUCCUCUGGAUUAUUUUGUUUUGCAUUCCUCCGUUACUUCAGUUAUUGGCAAUGCUGGGCAGGCUAGUUACGGGGUUGGAAAUGCUUUUAUGGACGGCCUCUCUCAUUACCGUAGACACUUGAAGCUUUCGGGUCAAAGCAUUAACUGGGGAGCUCUAGAUCUAGGAAUGCUCAACGAUUAUAGUGAAGCUAAAAAGAUCUUAGAAUCUCAGGGAUUCAUUCUUCUCAGUGAAGAGGACAUUGCGUCUGUCAUAUUUAUCAUACUUCUUCUUGACUGGGGUCAGAUACUGCCUUGCAAGUUCGAUAACGAAGUACUUCUCAAAAGGUUGAAAAGAGACAUGCUGGUACCAUUUCAAUAUCGCCUCAAGACCAUGCUUGGCUCUGCGGCCGAGGAAGUCAAGAUAGAACAGGAUAUUCUUCUGGCAUUGCAAACAGCACGCGACCUCCCUCCUGAACAGAGAGUUGAAAUUUAUGAACGUUACGUGAUAGCCCUAGCCAGCCAGGUUCUAAGCGCUGAAGACGGAUCAUUCAAAUCUGACACAAACCUCGUGGACCAGGGGAUGGAUUCCAUAGUAGCCAUGACAAUGAUCAAUCAGAUAUACAAAGAGGUUCACUGUCGUCUACCUGCUAUAGUCUUUAUCAGUGGAGACCCAACAGUUAGGACCAUUGCUCAAGCAAUCGAUGAUGUUCUCUCAGGCAAGCUUGCUGAAGGUUCAGAAUUUGGUCCAGAUUAUGAUCAACCGGCAAUAGAAAAUGGUUCAAAUGAAGAAAAGAAAGAUUUAAAAAUUAUGGAAACGCAACCACCAAAGAAAAAAAUCAGCUUUACCGCAUCAAUAAUAGAAUCAAGCCAGCUGGCCAUAUACAAGAGACACCCUAGAAAACAAAGUCUGCACGGGGUGGUGGAUGUAGACAUUCCAGCAGAUAAAAAAGACCCUGAAACUGUUAAAAACGUUAUUCUCAAAGUUUUGUUAAUGCACCCUACAGCGUGUACAGUGUUCAAAGAAGCUCUAUCAAAACGAAGCAGUCUGAUGAAUUUUGAGAAGCAGAUCUUAGCAGCAGAGGAAGUCAUUGAUUUCAGAAUCGCCAAGAUAGAGGCUGACGAGCUGCAAACAUUUUCUGAGGAGGCUUUUGAUGUAAAAGAGAAAGGCCCGCUUCGAUUUGUUCUUCAUUUAGGACAAAAAUUGUUUUUAAGAAUCGUAUAUCAUAAGGCAAGUUUUGAUUUUAAAGCUAUGAUGCUGUUCCUUCAGGACCUUGUCGCAGCAUUCGAUCUUAAAAUGAAACCACCAAUAAUCGAGAAUGAGAAACUCGAUAAAAUAUUGAUGCAAUCGGAAAAGUUGAAUAUUGAAUUGGACAAAGUGUAUAAAUCAAAAUCAGAGACAUUCGCCCAGUUCUGGUCCAAAGCUCUCAGUCAGGACGUGGCCAACACGUCUCUUCAUGGACCACGGAGCCAGUUCCCGCCAAAACCAAUGGUAGCUACAAACGCAGUCUUGAGAGCCGUCUUAACUUCAGAGCUAACACAGAAAAUAACCAACUUCAUCCGUUUCCAUCAUGUUUCUCUUCUCGGUUUAGUCACUGGUGCUUACCAGGCUUUAUUGCACAUAGUAACUGGCAAGUCAACAGUCAGCCUUAUGUUUCCCGUUGACCUCCGCAGAUUCAUCUCAGACCUGGACAGUGACGUGGCAAACUUUUGCAACGAGAUUCCUUUAAUUGCCAAGUUUGACGAAGACAGCAAGAUGACCACUCAAGAAUUUAUCAUCGAGAACAACAAACGCGUACAACAGAGCAUCGAUAAUGGCGUUCUUCCAUUCACUUCUUUCCAAGGCCUGGCUGAAAGAACAAUGGAGAUGUUUGAUCUUAGUCCGCACGGGAUAAGCAUUGAUAUGAUUUCCGACUCGGACAUGGCAAGGGAUGGUCCGGUCAGAUCAAUUCCUGCCAUGUUGCCAAUGGGGCUAGAGACCAACCUACUAGUUCAGCACAACCUCUUUCAAGGUGUCAUCAUCUUGAACCUGGGCUAUAAAGAGUGUGUUAUGAGCGGAGCAAGAGCAGAUGUCUUACUCAAAAACAUGAUCAGUUUGCUCACAAGUAUAUUGACCAAUCCAGGACUUCAGUUGCGGCAAAUAAAAAAGUAUACCAAAGGCAUCAGCUUUAAAGCAGAGAAAAGGUCUCCAUGUGCUGUACAGUAAAAGGGAGUCUGUCAAGAGGGAGUCUGUCAAGCCUUUCACCUUUUGUUUACUAAAACAUCAACGUCGUAAUAUUUUCAACACGAAAAGAUUGCAUUGGUCUCCCUUGUCUGUAGGACUUGCACUAUGUAUACCAGUGAGAUAUUUGUUAAUUGUUGCUUAAAAAAAAAAAGGUGUAUAAACACAACUUUUAUAUUUGAAUGUAAAAUUCAUGCAAAGAUUUUUAAAACAUAAAAUCACUUCAUUUGUAUGUGGCUUUUUACGUCUCGAGAACAAUAUCCCGCUCUUCGCCACUUCACGUGUGACUAAAGAGGUCAAUUCUUGAUACACAACUGCGGUCACAGGUCGAGCAUUGGACGCCGCAGCCUUUUCACUUUUGUUUCUACUUCUCUGAUGUGUCCACAAAUUCAGGACACUUCAAUGACACACUUCUGUUAUUAGCUUCAUUGUAUCCACCUCAAUAUAUGUAUUCACUAUAUAAUAUACAGACUGCCAGCUCUAAAGUUUGGGCAAGGAGUUGUACGAAGUAGUUGUCUAACUUCAUACAAUUAUACAGACCUUACCUGCGCUAGUUCUAAUGAUCAGUACACUCAUUCUUGUUAUAGCUCAUGAUUGCUUUGUAGCAAUUAAAUGUGAACACACUUUCGAAGACGGCUGGAACUGUCGAAUGAUACAUACCUACAACUGUAUAAUGAGACUUUGAUACAAACACCUGUAUGAGACUGAUAUAAACACCUACAACUGUAUCGAUAUAGAUCUAGAAAGAACUUAAUAUACAAACCUUAAUUUCCUGACUAUCGGAUCAUUUGUAACAAACAAAAAUAAACCAGGGAGGUUAGUUCAGCCAUUCCUGAAGCCAGUGGUUUGAACGAUUGUAAUUCUUUCUACUUAUAUUCAUAUUGUAUACAUUUAUAUAAAUGCUAAUGUUACAAUGUAAUACUUUUGAUAAAUGGUUGUUAGAAACAAAAUAUGAUUUAUGUAUGCAUUUUUUAUGUUUCUAUUUCUGUAUUACUAUUGAAAUUGUAUUCAUAUUAUUUUAUAAAAUGUUUAAAAUUACAUUACUAUUUAUAGAAAAAUAACUCAACCAUUACAUUCAGAAUAUAGUAUUGUGUGAUGUAUUUCAUUUACUAUCACACAAACAGAUAUUGUAGUCAGAUAUUGUAGUCGCUAAUAAAUAAUUAUGUUAUAAUCAA